UUUUCCGUUCUUUCCCUGUCCCGGGAGAAGGAGCCCAGGAAGGAUUACACCUCACCGGCUCUGCCGGCUGAGGAGCGGCCGGGACGGAGCUGGGCCGUUCGCGGGCGGAAACAACGAGUCAUGUCGGCGGCCCAAGGUUGGGACGGAAACCGCCGGCGAGGAGGGGGCACCGCGGGAGCCGGCGGCGGCGGUGGCGGCGGCGUCGGGGGUGGGGGUCGCGGAGCGGGGCUGCUCAACCGCUUUGUGAAGCUCUGCGGGCCGCCGCAUCUUCCAGGUAAGAAGAAAAUACGAUGGGACGCUGUUAGGAGAUGCUUCACUCAGUCCUGUCCCAUCCUAAGGAUCCCUAAAAGGUUUUUGAGAGGUCACAGAGCUCCCCCGGCACGAAGUGGACAUCGGUGUGUGGCAGAUAAUACCAAUCUGUAUGUAUUUGGAGGUUAUAACCCGGAUUAUGAUGAGUCAGGAGGGCCAGAGAAUGAAGAUUAUCCUCUCUUCAGGGAACUUUGGAGGUACCACUUUGCUACAGGAGUGUGGCAUCAAAUGGGCACAGAGGGUUACAUGCCCAGAGAGCUGGCGUCUAUGUCACUUGUGUUGCAUGGAAACAACCUGUUGGUGUUUGGAGGUACUGGCAUUCCCUUUGGUGAGAGCAAUGGCAAUGAUGUCCAUGUCUGCAAUGUGAAAUACAAACGAUGGGCCCUGCUUAGCUGUAGAGGGAAGAAACCCAAUCGGAUUUAUGGACAGGCAAUGGCUAUUAUAAAUGGCUUCCUUUAUGUCUUUGGAGGAACAACUGGCUAUGUUUACAGUACAGACCUACAUCGGUUAGACCUGAAUACCCGGGAGUGGAUACAGCUAAAACCAAACAACCUAUCUUGUGAUCUGCCUGAAGAGAGGUAUAGACAUGAAAUUGCGCAUGAUGGGCAGAGGAUAUACAUCUUGGGAGGUGGGACUUCUUGGACAGCUUAUCCCUUAAAUAAGAUUCAUGCAUACAACCUUGAAACGAACACAUGGGAGGAAAUUGCAACGAGACCCCAUGAAAAAAUAGGCUUCCCUGCAGCCAGAAGAUGUCACAGUUGUGUACAAAUUAAAAAUGAUGUAUUUGUUUGUGGUGGCUAUAAUGGAGAAGUGAUUUUGGGAGAUGUCUGGAAAUUGAGUCUGCAAACUUUUCAGUGGGUAAAGCUUCCAGCUGUUAUGCCUGAGCCAGUUUAUUUCCACUGUGCAGCUGUAACACCAGCUGGUUGCAUGUACAUUCAUGGAGGAGUGGUGAACAUCCAUGAAAAUAAACGGACUGGGUCAUUAUUUAAGAUGUGGUUGGUGGUACCCAGCCUUCUGGAACUAUCGUGGGAGAAACUGCUUGGGGCCUUCCCUCACUUAGCAAAUCUCUCCCGGACACAACUUCUGCACCUUGGACUCACGCAGGGACUCAUUGAGCGGUUGAAAUGAGGAUUUCUGGACUGUUCAUUCACCAUGGAAAUAUUAAUUUAAAGAGACUUCUUUUCACUAUUUAUGGGCAGCGUGGAGUGUGCUACCAAGAGGAUUGAGUACACUGAUCAAGGCCUUACUCAGAAAAUACAUCAGAUGCCUUUCUGUAAAUUUGUUUUUAAGUUUAUGGAAAUGUGUGAAUUUCCCCAUAUGCUGCUUCUCCCUCCCCCCUUUCCUUAAGUUCCUUCUUCGUUGAUGGGAAAAGGGAGGGGGAGAGUUGAGUUAGCUUUCUAAAAAUCUUUAAAAUAUCAUGAAUAAGAUAAAAGCAGACCUUUUCAGGAAAAUCCUGAACAUAUAAUCAGCAGCUUUUGGCUAGUGCUCUCCUACUUUAAAACACCACCGUCACAUCCCUAUAAUUCAGGAAGUGUGGGAAGGGUGCCUGUUGAGAGCCCUGCUGGUUUUCCUCAAUGCCACGUUUUAAUUUAUUAUUCCUAAAGAGGUAUUUGAUUGAGUAGAUCUUCCUAACUGCAGCAAUCUUUGGCAUCUUACUCUAUAGACAGCCCAAAUGCAUACUUUGGCUUUGGAUGGAAGUUUAAUACAACUAGGUGGUUUGCCUGUUUAUCCCUUUAAGGUAGGGCUGACCUAGAAACUUGUGUGUACAUUAUAGGUUUGUAUGCUCUAUAUUGUUGGUCUUAAAGACUAGGGUACUGUGAACAUUCCAUGGGCCAAACAAAGCCAGAAUGACUAAAAAACACUGGCAUGCCUUCUCAGUGUUUUUUUCUUCUAAGUGUCUCCCCUCUCCCACCUCCUGUGAAAUGACCUGUAGCUGUUUCCUUUUUAGAGACCUUAGACUUGGUCUCUGAUCUGAAACAUGAGCUUUGGCCUUUCAUUUAAAGAAUCUCCCAGGCCUCAGAAUCGGUGCCAUUUGCUAUUAGUAACCUGCUGCUUUUUGGGCUCUGGACCACAAGCCUCUUGUUUUCUCAGGCAAUGGGAUUUUUCCCUCUAGAAAGCCAACUGGCGCUUGGUUGUUCACUUAAAUAGUUCUGCUUUUUUCUUUCUGUUCAUAUGUGCAUUGUGCUCUGAAUCCUAUGAUCUAGUAGCUGGAAAAAGCCAAAAUCAAUUUGUUAUCCAUUCUGGGAAACCAAGUGUCAUUUAAAAACCAUCAUGAGGGAAGAAUGCAAUUGAAUGUCAUUUUUUUUUCAUUUU